CUUUCACGAUGCCCAAGGCUACAGAAGAAAGGAAGGUUUCUAAAAGUAUAUUGAGAAAGUCUAGUGAUCAGGUACCUCAGAAGAGCUUCCAGUGGGAUGAAUCAAAUAUUCUAGCUACUUAUCAUCCCGCAGAUAAGACGUAUGGUCAUAUGAAAAUUGAAGAACCGAAAACACCUUACGUUUUUGAUCCUGAGGAUGGUUCUGCCGUCACUUCUGGACCCUUAUUUACUGCAGAAGAUUUAGCUGCCAGGCUUUCUGCGGCUUCAAAGGAUCCCGAUCAGCAGUUACCAAGUGCCACAAAAGUUGACCAGGAGGAAGAUGAACAUCAAAGAAAAUUUCAUGAAAAACGAAAGCAACAUUACAACGAAUUUUUGGCUGUAAAGCUAGCUAAAGAAAGUUUACAAAAUGAUGAUGAAGAAGGGGAAAAUAUUGAAAAGGAAGACGAAGAGGAAGAUGAAGAAGUUGAACAUAAUGUUGAGCAGGCGAUGAUUAAUGCACGGUUAAAUGCUGAAAUUUCCCGUUUAAGUCGAAACACAGAGCAGCCUAUCUCUAGUAUUUUGAGAAAUCAGAAUCUUCCAAGAUCUCACCUAUGA